AUGUCCUACUCGCGCAAAAAGUCCUGCGAGCAAUGUCGCGCCGCAAAAACCCGCUGCAGUCUAACCUUCCCCACGUGCACCCGCUGUACCUCUCGCGGCUCGACAUGCAUAUACAAGGACGUCACACUCCCAAACAUACAACCUCUGCGCGAACGAGACGAAACCCUAUCCACAGCAGCAGCUCCCUCAUCAUCAGACUACAACGGCUUCUCCUUCACCACCACAGCCCAAGUGCCACCAUCCCACACAUCCACAAUACCCACCGAGCACGCCCCCGGAGCAUACAACAACUACCAAACCACCGAAGCCCCCUUCGACUCCCUCUUCGGCAGCCCGCUCGACCUCGACACCUUCUCCCCGUCCGGUCCCUCCUCCUCAUCCACCACCGGCUCUGGAUCUGGAUCCGGAUCUACGUCCGACCGCCCACACCUAUUCGACCCAGACCCCACGUCCGCAAACCCGCGCUUCACGCUCGCGCGCACCCCAUCUACGGCCUCAGCCGCACUGCUAUCCCGCGUCGUACAUGGCUCGCUGGCGACGUGGCCACGCAUGCUGGUAGAGGGUCUGGCGUUGCCGCCGUACGUCCACGCGACGUGUCUGCGGACGGGCACGCGCGAGUGUGAGGGCAAGGGCAAGCAUGUGUGCUGGCACGGCCCGCUGGACAAUGCGUGUGGGGUGGUGCAGAUGAGUCUUGCGACGACGGUGAACAAUUUCGGGCUGCUGAGCACGACGGGGCAUUAUGAGCAGAAGAGGAUGCUGAGCGAGUUUGAGGGCUAUGGCAAGUGGAUGCUGCUCGAGUGCUUCCAGACGAUGGCGCUGUAUACGCUGAUGUAUAGUCUGCUUACGGACGAGCAGAAGGUGCAGUGCGAUGGUUCGAUUGUCGUUGCGCUCGGUAUCGUCGCCAACCGCGUCCUCCAACGGUACGGCCUGCUCUGCGACAAGGAAAAGUCCGGCGGCUUCCCCUCAUGGGAAGAAUGGAUCUACGCCGAGAGCGUGCGUCGCACUACUAUCCUGCUGUUCAUCCUAGGUCGCCUUCUCGACAUGCGCAUCACGCCCACCUCCACCUCAUCUCCGUCUCCGUCCACACAGCCAGAAGGGCUCGACGCCGUGCCCUUGCCCGCGACCAAGGAUCUGUGGGAAGCGCGCACGCGCAUCGAGUGGGAGCGCAAGUAUCAGGAGUAUCUGCGUGCGAAGAGCGGGCGUGAAGUCAUGACAAUCGGACACUUGCGCAGCGUGAGGAAUGGCGUUGUCGAGGACGAUGCGCUGUUGAGAAAUCUGGGGCUGUGGUGCUUCAAUCUGGAUCAGUUUGGGACGACGGUGUGGAAUGCGGCUGGGCUGCUGGGCGGUGAUUGA